CAACAUCUUAAUCAUUGAUACUCAAUUCACUUUGGAACUCUAAGUUCCUGUCGAAGAAGAGCCAAGAACAUUCAAGACAUGUCUGUUGUCUGAUUGAUCUAUAAAUCCACCACUCACGCCCACCAAUCCCUCAGACCACAGUUGAUCAGAACAAUCCACCAAGACCCAGCACUUGCAUUAAGCAAAAGAGUUGAAUUCUUGCCUUUCCAUAUUCAAGUUAGGAGGACGAUGUCUCUCAUUUCUCGGAUCUUCGGGGACGAGACCUUCGACCCGUUCCUCUCGAUGGUCAACAAGUGCCCCGUCCUUAGCACCCCGACUGACUGGAAGGAGACCCCCGAGGCUCACAUCUUCGUGGUCGACCUCCCAGGCCUCAAGAAAGAUGAGGUCAAGGUGGAGAUCGACGAGGACAGUGUUCUCAAGAUCAGCGGGGAGAGGAAGACCACUGACGAGCCGGACCAGGAGAAGGGCAAGGAGGGCAGCACCGAUAAGUGGCACCGCGUGGAACGGUGCCGCGGUAAGUUCCUAAGGAGGUUUAAGCUGCCUCCGAGCGCGAAGACGGAUCAGGUCAAGGCCUCCAUGGAGAAUGGGGUCCUCACCGUGACGAUCCCCAAGCAGGAGGUGAAGAAGCCGGAAUCGAGGAAGAUCGAGAUUCAGGAGGGCAAGAACUGAUGAAUCGAUCGCAUUGCGCUUUAUCGAGAUGCAAUAUGGAAAUGUCGUAAAUGUUUUGUUGAAUAUGCACUUCUGUUACGUGUGGUUUAUUUCGCUUUUUUCUCUCCUAUAAUACGUUAGAUGUGUGUAAUGUGUCGUGAAGACAUUCGAUGUAUAAACUCAUAAAUAAAAGGUUGCUUUUAUAUCACCCAA